AUGAUACUACGGAAGCGAUAUCGACCCAAUCUCGCCUUUUGGGCGGGGCGUCAACGGCUGGAUCGAGAUGCAGAGGAAGCAACAGCACCCUAUUUGACCAGCUGUCAAGAAAAUACCUGCGAGAAGAGCCCUCUGGACGCCAUCCCCCAAUCCACAUCAACCCAUUUGCACAACAUUUCGCUUUCGUCCACUGCAUCAGAGACAGAAAUUGUCAACCAGCUAGCUCUUAUAGCAGCUGCCGUCAGUCGCCGCUCGUCUGCCAGUGCGAGCACGAUCAAGUCCUCUGCGUCGUCACUUGGGAGCCAAGACAGAAAGCAGUCAAUGAGCAACUUGGUCAAGCAAGAGGAAAUUCAAGAAGAAGAGGAAGAGUCCUUCCACCACCUCAGCAGCCUCAUCACCGUUUCCUCACUACCACAGUACCCAUCUGCAUCCGGACUCACCUCCAGUCCAUCGACAAUAACAGUGGGCUCUACAGCUGAGAAAGGCGAUCUGCCCCCAUUACCUUCCCCUGUUGGCGUCUUCCGCAAACCCUGUCCUCGUUAUAGUCCGCUGCCUCCCUUGUAUAUUAUUCCCAAGCCGCUGAAAGUUAGACCUGAAGUGAGGUUCUGA